ACACGCGCACAGCACAGGUAUUUUGCCGGAGGUCCCUGCUCGAGCCUGCUGCUGCUACGGACUUUUUAAUAUGUUCAUCAGAACUGUAACUCGCCUGGGAUUUGCUGUCGGGAUAGACUAGCCACUGUAAUUAAUGUAGUUAUAUUUUAAGUAAUAUGGUUCAAAUACCACCUAAUCUCUCCAGACUAUUAAACGUUGACCAGCGGACUGACGGAAUUCUUCACUGCAGCAACACUCCGCACUGACCACACGUCUUCCUGACCGUUUAAUCACAUUUUACUUUACAUUUCAACUUAAUUUCUCCCUUUGGCUUUGUCAUUUAUGACUAUUUAAUUGUUUUGCACUCAUCGGGAAAAUUUGCUAACUUCGACGCUCCUCGGAUCUUGUUUUAUUUCUUCGGGAUCCUUGUGAAAGUCCCGUUACGCGCUGGAUAUGUGGUGGAUGUUGUUUCCUCGAUGGAUCUGGUUUCUCUUUGGACAGUGCUACGUCUUGCUCCUGAUCAUAGACAGCUGUGUGAGGGUGAAAGCGAUGCCAAUGUCCAUGCCCAACAAAGUGGUGUACUCUCACGCGGGCAUGUGCCCCAACGAGAUGAACCCCAACCUGUGGGUGGACGCCAUGAGCACCUGUAUGCGCGAGUGCGAGUUGGACCGGGACUGUGAAAACUUUGAGAAAUGCUGCAACAACGUGUGUGGGAACAAGAGCUGUGUGGCGGCGCGCUACAUGGACAUUAAGGGCAAGAAGGGGCCGGUUGGCAUGCCAAAAGGGGUCAAGUGUGACAAGUUCAUGUGUACGCAGCAGGGCUCCGAGUGUGACAUCUGGGAGGGCCAGCCCGUGUGUAAGUGCCGAGACCGCUGUGAGAGAGAGCCCCACUUCACAUGUGCCUCAGACGGUAUGACCUACUACAACAAGUGUUACAUGGAUGCAGAGGCCUGCUCCAAGGGCAUCUCUAUCUCUGUGGUCACCUGCAGGUACCACCUCACCUGGCCAAACACCAGCCCGUUGCCCAUGGAGACCACCCUGCGGCCAACCACUGCCCUCCUGGAGACCACCCCCCCGGCUGACAUCCAUCCUCCAAUGAUGCUCAGCAACCCCACUCAGCAGGCUGUGUUUGUGGGCGAGACAGCCAGCUUCCUGUGCGAAGUGUCAGGUAAGCCCAGUCCGGAGGUGACCUGGGAGAAGCAGCUGGAGGGCAAGGAGAACACAGUGAUGAGGCCCAAUCACGUGCAGGGGAACGUAGUGGUCACCAACAUCGGCCAGCUGGUCAUCUACAAUGCCCAGCAACAGGACGCCGGCAUCUACACAUGCACGGCCAAGAACCUGGGGGGGGCUGUGACCUCCCACUACCCACUGUCGGUGAUCCAGAGAGACACGGGCCAGAAGGAGGGUGAGGUAGGGAAUGCCACCAACCCAUUCCCAUUCCCCGCCGAAGAGUGCCUGAAGGGGCCGGACAGUGACGACUGUGGGGAGGAGAGCAUAAGCUGGUACUACGAAGCCAAGAGGAACAAUUGCUUCACCUUUACCUACAGCCAGUGCAACAAGAACCGCAACCACUUUGACAGCUACGAGACAUGCAUGUUGUCGUGCGGGGCAGAGCUGUCGGCUCCCUGCUCUCUCCCCAGCCUGCAGGGACCCUGUAAGGCCUACGAGCCCCGCUGGGCCUACAGCAGCACCCUCAAACAGUGCCAGUCCUUCAUCUGGGGCGGCUGUGGAGGCAAUGAAAACAACUUUGAAUCCAAAGAGGCCUGCGAGGAGAUGUGUCCUUUUCCGAAGAACCAUAACUGUAAGAUGUGUAAACCGCGGGGCAAGAUGGUGACCAGCUUCUGCAAGAGCGACUUCAUCAUCCUGGGGCGUGUGACAGAGUUGCCUGAAGAACAGGACUCGGGCCACGCCCUGAUCACCGUGGAGGAGAUCCUAAAGGACGAGAAAAUGGGCCUCAAGUUCUUGGGCCAGGAACCCUUGGAGGUGACCUUGAUGAACAUGGACUGGAACUGCCCGUGCCCCAACAUCACCAUGGCCAACGGGCAGCUCAUCAUCAUGGGAGACGUCCACAACGGCAUGGCCGUGCUGCAGCCCGACAGCUUCGUGGGGAGCUCCACCGCACGCAGGGUCAGGAAGCUCCGAGAGGUCAUUCACAAGAAGACCUGUGAUUUUCUCAAAGAGUUCCCAACAAACCAGUAGUUACUCUCUGAGAGAUCCCCAGUAUCCUGUACAAGAGCUGUCUAUAUCAGGAAAAGCAAACUGGUUCUAGCAUCCAGUAGUAGCUAUUGUCUAAGAUUUCCCCACUAUCCAGUAGGGAAGAUAUCUAGAAGAGUAGACUGGGACUUUUUCAAAGUUUCUUAUCAUUCAGUAGCCGGAUGAUGGCUUUUGUUGAUUAUUUCUUCCUCCUUCUCCUAAAGGUGGGGACUGAACCAAUACCUUAACACUGAUCCGACAAGCUGUUUCCCUACCCAUGACCUUCUCUUUAGUUUCCACAGAAGACACAUUUUGUAUGCAUUUUGUCAUAUUUUCCACUGGCUAUCUCCUUCACUCAGAUGUUCUCCAUAUACAAUAGAUAUCUAGAAGAUCCAUGACUUUCUCAGAUGACGGCUGCUGUUAGCUGAUUCCAGAUUCUCGUCUCUCUCCUUCACUCUGAAGUUUGGACAUUAAGUGUUGGGGCUCCUCUGUACUAUGGAAAUGGCUGGAGGUACCUGUAUAUUUAAAACAACAACAGAUUUAUACUUUGUGUGGAUUCACUUUCUGAACGGAGAGCUAAUUGUCCGUAUAUAGUACUGUAGUGGUAUCUUAUAUCAAGUGUGUGGAUUGACUUUCUGAACGGAGAGCUAAUUGUCCGUAUAUAGUACUGUAGUGGUAUCUUAUAUCAAGUGCUUACCUUGGAAAUAUUUUAGUUAAACUAAAAUGGCUCUUUGAAUAAUAUUUAAAUUCAAAUAUAUUAUCUUGGUAUGAAUGUACUAAUGCCUGACAGAUAGCUAAACUCUGUGCCUUGGUUAAUACGAAUGUUAUAUUAUGUUGACUUAAAGUAUCUAUGGUAUCCUGAAAGAGACAUUUUGUAAUAUAUAUUCUGAGUGCUUGAGCUCACGAUAAUGUCAUGUAAAACUCAUGGAUCAAACAAGUCCUUUGAUUCCACUAGAAACCACUUUGUAGUCCAUGAUUGCUGAUAUGAACUUCUGUUCUUAACAUCCUAUUUAUUUUUUAUCCCCUCCUUUUAGAGAUAAACCCAAUUCAAUAAUGGACAGACUUAUGUUAUGUUAUUUUGUAAAUCCAAAUGAUAAAGAUGUUCAUAACACAAUGGUAAAGAAAUAAAAAUGACACUUCUUA